GGGUCUGGGCGCGCGGUGGGGCGGGCGCAGCGCAGCGCGGCGCGGCCUGGCUCGGUGGGGCGGUCCUGCCCGAGUCCGAGCGGUGAGGUCGGCCAGGGGGCCUGCGGAGGCCGAGCCUGGCGGGAGGCACCGGCUCAGGUGCGAGCACCUCUGUGACGCUCCCUCUGCUGCCGGCGGGGAAGCCGGGCCAGAUGCUGCCAGUUAUUGCAGGACCAUCUGGAAGCUCUUGCCUAGAGUGCGAGACACUGCUCCUGUGUGCUCUGUGAAUUCCGGAUGGAAGGGAUGGUCUAAGCAGCAAUUCCUUUCAGAAUCAGAGAUUGUUGGAGCGGAAUUACUGAACAAAAGCAGGCAUUGCAUCUUCAGUUGUCACCAAGUUUGUCAUCAGAUUACAAGAGUUGAACUCGAAGCUUCCCCUGCAGUGAAGUGGAAAGAGACAUAAUCUUCACGUAAUAACAGACAUGGGCUUCUUCAUAACUUUCCACCUUUCCUACAAGUUCCGGUUACUGUUGCUUUUUCUCUUAUGCCUGACAGUGCUUGGGUGGGCCACCAGUAACUACUUUGUGGGUGCUAUUCAAGAGAUUCCAAAAGCAAAGGAUUUCAUGGCCAAUUUCAACAAGGUCCUAGUCUGGGGGAAGGGAAAAACUCUGACUCAGGAAGCAUCCAUGAAAGAAGCAGACCUCAACAAUUGCCCUUCUGUUUCUCCAUACCUCAGGGGCCAAAACAAGCUCAUUUUCAAACCAGAUCUCACUCUGGAAGAAGUGGAGGCAAAAAAUCCCAAAGUGCACAGAGGCCGGUAUCACCCCGAGGAAUGUAGGGCUUCCCAGCGGGUCGCCAUCCUCAUUCCACACCGGAACCGAGAGAAACACCUGCUGUACCUGCUUGAACACCUCCAUCCCUUCUUGCAGAGGCAGCAGCUGGACUAUGGCAUCUACGUCAUCCACCAGGCUGGAAGUAAAAAGUUUAAUCGAGCCAAACUCUUGAAUGUGGGCUAUCUAGAAGCUCUCAAGGAUGAAAACUGGGACUGCUUUAUUUUCCACGAUGUGGACCUGGUCCCCGAGAACGACUUGAACAUUUAUAAGUGUGAGGAGCAGCCCAAGCAUCUGGUGGUUGGCCGGAACAGCACUGGGUACAGGUUACGUUACAACGGAUAUUUUGGGGGUGUUACUGCCCUAAGCAGAGAGCAAUUUUUCAAGGUGAAUGGAUUCUCUAACAACUACUGGGGAUGGGGAGGCGAAGACGAUGACCUCAGACUCAGGGUUGAGCUUCAUAGAAUGAAAAUAAUCCGGCCAAUGCCUAAUGUGGGUAAAUAUACAAUGAUCUUCCACACUAGAGACAGAGGCAAUGAGGUGAAUAUAGAACGGAUGAAGCUCUUACAUCAGGUGUCACAAGUCUGGAGAACAGAUGGGUUGACUAGUUGUAUUUAUAAAUUACUCUCUGUGGAUUAUAAUCCUUUAUAUACCAACAUCACGGUGGAUUUCUGGUCUGGUGCAUAAUGUGACCUUGGAUCUUCUGGUGACAUUCGGAAGAACUGAAUAUUUUAUUGCAGUAAUUUUGGACUAGACACAUUCGGAAGAACUGAAUAUUUUAUUGCAAUAAUUUUGGGCUAGAGACCAAUAAUUUUUGGACUAGUAGCACACAUUAAGAACUCGUUGCAGCUAAUUAUUGAGCUGAACUUUUUCUUUUUGUAUUUUCUUAGCAGAGCUCCAAGUAAUACGGGAUGUAAAGCAAUUGGAAGAAGACAGCUUUCUUGGUUGUUUUCCCCCUGAGGGUUAAAUCUUGUAAUACAGAUACUCGAAGGACUGAGUAUAAAAGGACUAUUCAAAGAAUACCAUGAAGCCUAGCUACUUGAGAACUUGGAUUGAAGGAUAUUUAAGUUUGGGCUAAGAAAGCCCACAGGAAAUAGGAUUGCUGAAUGUCUCAGAGAACCAGAAUUGUUCUCGUCUGUGGUAGAAAGGUACGAAGAAGUCUACCUGUUACUCAUUUAUCCUGCACGCUCCUCUGAAGAGCUGGGCCCCAGGUGGGAAGAAGGCCGCAGAAGAGAGGAGAGAGGUGAAGAAUCAAGAUGCGGUGAACUUGAGGAUGAAUGGCUGGGAGGAGGACAGUGAUGGAGAAGCAGCCACAGUUGUGCUGGUCACUGCUGCUGCUCCCUGUCCUGGGGGUCACCUGCCCAGACAUGUCUUCCCAGGAAUAGCCCAGCAGGGAACACAUUAUCUACUAGUUUUUAAAGUAUUUUUGUAAAAAUGAUUUUGUACGUGUAGGAUAUGAAUUAGCUGUUUACAAAUUACAUAUUAACUCAGAAUAGAUCGAAAGUACCUCUGUAGUAAAAUAUGGAAAAGCU